UCACAUUUUUGUCACCCCCACCAUUAACACACUCUCUCUCUCUCUACGCAUAAAAGCAUAACUUCCACGACCCCCACAAACACCCAGAACCAGAAUGGCAACUUCCUCAACACCCAUCUCCUUUCUUUUCCUCUUCUUCCUCUGCAACUCUCUCUAUUCCUCAGAUGCUGUGGAGCUGAUAGUGGUGAACAACUGCAAGGAGGCAGUGUGGCCAGGCAUCCUCGGUGGUGCCGGACACGACUCCCCUGAGGACGGCGGCUUCCUCCUCGAACCCGGCCAACAAACAGUCGUGAAGGUGCCCCAAGGAUGGUCAGGACGGCUCUGGGGCCGCCAGGGUUGCUGCUUCGACAACAACAACAAGGGAACCUGCGAAACCGGAGACUGCGCCGGCCUCCUACACUGCAAGGGCAUGGGGGGCAUACCGCCUGCGACAUUAGUCGAAAUGACAUUUGGUACCGUGCAGUCUCCUCUGCACUAUUACGACGUUAGCUUGGUCGAUGGCUUCAACCUUCCGGUCGCCAUGGUCCCGGUCGGUGGUGGCAUCGGGUGUGGGAUCGCCUCUUGCGAGGCCAAUUUAAACGUCUGCUGCCCUUCGGCUUUCGAGAUCAAACGGGGACAGAGGGUGGUGGGGUGCAUGAGCGCGUGUUUGGCUCUCAAAACUUCCAAAUACUGCUGUACUGAAGAGUAUGCGUCCUCCGCGAGCUGUAAGGCUACUAUCUUCUCCCACUUGUUCAAGGCUGUAUGCCCGAGGGCGUAUAGCUAUGCUUUCGAUGACGCGGCAAGUCUAAGGACGUGCCGAGCACCGAGGUAUGUCAUCUCCUUCUGCCCAAGCUUGCAUUGAUGCAAUGCGUGAGCAGGAGGAGGAGGACGACGACGACGAGGAGGAGAAGCUUGGAAUUGUUAGGAGUAUUUGCUCUUGUCUUCAUUCUUGUGUCUUUUGGGUUAGAUGGGUAAUGCAUUUUGGGUUAGAUGGGUAACGUUAGGAUUUAUUUUGUUUUUCUCUCUUAUGCAUACUUGUAAUUGAAUCAUGGCUUUUGUUAGUAACUAGUAGAAUUUGAUUUUUUCUUUUUUUUUUAAUGGAUGUAGUUUGUAUGAGGUCUGUAUA